AUGGCCCUUGUAGCAUACAGGAAUCUGCUGCGAUCAGCGCGCAUCGCUUUCCAAGGAGAUGCGAACGUCCUCUCCGCGGCGCGCAUUGAGGUCCGCAAGAACUUCGAGAGCAAUCGCCACCUCCAGACCGGAACCGAGGAAUUCCAGAAGUCGAUUACACAUGCCAAUGAAGUGGCCAAGUUCCUGAAAGAGAACGUCGUCCAGGGAGAAGCCACGGAGGGAGACAACUACAAGAUCCGGAUACACGAGCACACCGAGCGCGGAGACAACGAGGACAUCAAGAAAAACAAGGGCAAGAGUACAUUAGGGGGAACAAAGUGCUGCUCCGCUUAA